GGUGCUAUAUACCACAACACAUGCAAAUGUCUGCAACCAAGACUCUGAUGGUCACAGAAGCUUCCAUGCUUUGCAACAAAUCUAUCCCUUUGAAUUUCCACCUUCUUAGUCUCAGCCAUGCACGUAGAUUUGGACUAGUGUGCUCAUCGAGUAAGAAUGGUGAGAUGAAACUCAUUAGAGUUAGGAAAAAAGGGAAGAGAAUUUCACCAACCAUGGUAGCUCUCAAUGAGGGUGAGGUUGUGCCUGAGAAGUCCUCUACCUUGAAGCUUUCGGCUUUGGUCACUGUGAGAAAUGGUAAUGAUGAUAAUAAUAAUAUGGUGAGUAAUCUUCUCACCAUUUUCGGGCCUCCUAAGCAGACCCAAGGUGUUGUUCUUCAACUUGUUAGCACAGAGUUUGAUCCAAGGAGAAUGGAUGGAAAAUUGAGCAAGAAAACAGUUUUAGAGUUAUCCGAAGAGCAUAAAUUUGGAGGUGAGGGAAGAAGCAUCUCCUACAAAGUCGAUUUCAUGGUGGAUUCAGAUUUUGGGGUUCCUGGUGCUGUUACCGUCGUCAACAACUAUCACAACGAGUUCUUCUUGGAAACCAUAACCGUUGCUCAAAAUAUUCAUUUUGCUUGCAAAUCUUGGGUUCAACCAAGUAAGCUUCACCCUCAGAAUCGAACUUUCUUCGUCAACAAGGCUUAUCUACCUAGUGAAACACCAAGUGGAGUGAAGGAGCUAAGAGAAAGGGAACUGAUGCAGCUAAGAGGUGAUGGUAGUGGAAGAAGGUUAUCUUGGGAAAGGGUUUAUGACUAUGAUGUGUACAAUGAUUUGGGUGAUCCACACAUGGGAGAAGAACAUGCAAGGCCAACACUUGGUGGCCAAUGCAACCCUUAUCCCACACGUUGCCGCACCGGACGCCCACCUACUACCACCGAUACGAAAGCAGAGUCACGACCGAGAGAAUCAGAGUUAAUAUACGUUCCUAGAGAUGAAGAAUUGGGGGACAUAAAGAAAGAAACUAUAGAUCAAGGAAAAUUGAUGGCUAUCCUUCGGAAUAUUAUGCCUGCGUUUACAGAUAAAAUCUUGGGCAACGAGGGAGUUUUCAACAUUGAUCACUUUAUUAAAGACUCAGGCCAAUCUGAACCCUUGUCAUGGAAUCUGUUCAAAUUUGGAGGUGCCAUUCAAGAAUUUUUUAAAUUCGACCCUCCAAAAGUAUUUUCAAGGGAAAAAUCACAUUUCAUACAAGAUGAUGAACUUGGACGUCAAGUUCUUGCUGCGUUCCCUCUAAGUAUUGAAAGGCUAAAGGUUUUCCCACCCGAGAGCAAAUUGGAUCCCUCAAAAUAUGGUUCAGUAGAAUCAGCAUUGAAAGAAGAACACAUCAUAGACCACCUUGAAGGAAUGUCAAUACAACAGGUGUUGGAAAAUAACAAGUUGUUUGUACUGGACUAUCACGAUGUUUACCUUCCAUUCCUGCAUGGGAUUAAUGCACUUGAGGAGCGCAAAGCUUAUGCAACCACCACAAUUUUCUUCCUCACCAAAAUGGGAACACUGAAGCCCAUUGCCAUCCAGCUUGCACUCCCAACGGAGAAUCCAAACACUUCAUCAAAGCAAAUUCUCACCCCUCCCAAAGAUGCCACCUCCAAAUGGCUCUGGCAACUUGCCAAAGCACAUGUUUGCUCUAAUGAUGCUGGUGUUCAUACACUUGUACACCAUUGGUUAAGAAUACAUGCUUGCAUGGAACCAUUAAUAAUUGCAGCUCAUCGUCAACUGAGUGUGAUGCAUCCUAUAUUCAAGCUUUUGCAUCCCCAUAUGCGAUACACACUCAAGACAAAUGCAAUAUCGCGUCAGACACUCAUCAAUGCUGAAGGUACCAUUGAGAUAGACCACACUCUAGGGAGAUACUGCAUGCAAUUUAGCUCUGCUGUCUAUAAAGAUUGGUGGCGGUUUGACAUGGAAGGUUUUCCUGCUGACCUCCUUAUAAGGGGUUUAGCGGUUCCAGAUACAACCCAACCACAUGGCAUUAGACUACUUAUUGAAGACUACCCUUAUGCAGCCGAUGGACUUCUCAUAUGGUUCAGCAUAGAGAAGUUGGUCCAAACAUAUGUGAACCAUUACUAUAGAAACUCCAUUGCCAUUUCUUCUGACAAUGAACUCCAAUCUUGGUACAGAGAAUUCAUCAAUCUUGGACACCCUGAUCAUAAAAAUGCUAGUUGGUGGCCUGAACUUGCCAACCCUGAGGAUCUCAUCUCCAUUCUCACCACUGUUAUUUGGAAUGUUUCAGCACAGCAUGCUGUCUUGAACUUUGGUCAAUACCCUUAUGGAGGGUAUGUUCCAAUUCGUCCACCACUAAUGAGAAAACUAAUUCCCAAGGAGGAGGAUCCUGAGUACACAGAUUUUGUCAAGGAUCCACAGAGAUAUUUCUUGUCAUCACUGCCAAGUUUAUUUCAGGCAUCAAAGUUCAUGGCUGUGACCAACAUUGGCUCUGCACACUCACCUGAUGAGGAAUAUAUAGGAGACAUAAAGGAUUUGUCUUCUUGGGUGGGGGAGCCUGAGAUCAUUGAUGCAUUCAAUCAAUUUUCAAUGGACAUGAAAAGUAUUGAGAUGGAGAUUGGGAGAAGAAAUGCUGAUCCAAAACUUAGAAACAGAUGUGGCGUUGACGUUUUACCAUAUGAACUUCUUAUACCAAGCUCAGGCAUUGGGGCAACAGGACGAGGGGUGCCAAAUAGUGUUACAGCAUAAUAGUUCAAUAUGUGGACAAACCAACAACUGAAUCAAAUCAAUUGUCUGUUAUUCUUCACCUUAGCUGGAUUAAAAUGGAUUCCACAUUCAGUCCCUGGAAAACACAAUAAAAAAGAAAAUACAAAAAGGAAUAAUGCAACCUAUGCAGGCUUGAAAUCAUUUGCAUGUGUGUAAUGAGUAGCAUUAAGAUUUGAAAGUUAAGCCAUUCCUUUCUAGUUAACUAUAAUGUGUACAAACUUGAUACAUUGGACCAGAGUAAACUGUAAAAAUAAAACUCAAAAUGUGUAUUAAAAAGCAAUAUUCUUAAUUAGGAAUAUGGUUGUUGUGUUCA